AUGACCAGUUACGUGUCUUUCACCAAGACAUGGCACAACAAACCCUAUGCGGCCAUCGACCCAGCCCGCCCCGAACUCAGCGCCGCGGGUGCCUUUGUUGUAGUCACAGGCGGUGGCACAGGCAUUGGAAAAGCUAUUGCUGUAGCUUUUGCACAAGCUGGUGCCAAAACUAUUGCCAUCCUCGGCAGACGCCUUGAGAAACUGAAAGAAACGGCCACUGAGAUCACGAGCAAGGCCAAGAAUGCUGAUAUCCAGGUGUUGUUCGAAAGCGCCGACUUGAGCAAGCGUGCCGACGUUGACGCCGCCGCCGCAGCUUUGGUGAAAAAGGCCAACGGGGCCAAAAUCAACAUCUUCAUCAACUCUGCGGGGGUCAUGCCCGAAGUUGGGUCUGUAGAGGGAUAUGAUGAAGCGGCGCUGCGUCAAGGAUUUGAACUCGGCGUCAUCGCUCCGUUCAAUUCGAUCCAGUCUUUUGCACCCUUACUGGCAGCUGAUGCGCAUGUCUAUAACGUCUCUUCAGGGUUAGCCCACAUCAAGCCUGUGCCGGGUAUUUGGGUAUACUCUGCUCUGAAAGCUGCCACUACCAAGAUGUUUGAUUAUUUGCAGGAAGAGCACCCCGAGUGGCAUGUUGUUCAGAUUCAGCCUGGAGUCAUUUCUACGGGUUUCAACUCCCAUCUCGGCGUGGUCUCAGAGGAUGAGCCUGAGCUUGCUGGCCAAUUCACGGUAUGGCUUGCGUCGCCGGAGGCCAAGUUCCUCAAGAGCAAGUUUGUCUGGGUCAACUGGGAUGUCGAUGAACUGAAAGCCCAAGCCAAUGAAAUUAAAGACUCUUGGCUCUUCAGAAUUCUGCUCAAUGGGGUUGAGAUGUGA